AUGCUCCGCUCCUCCCGCCUGGUGCUGUCCGCGCGCCGCUGCCUCGCCGUCCCGCACACCGUGCAGGUGGAAUGCCGAUCGAACGGCCAUGUGCCACUGCGCAUCCUGCAACGCCAACAGCAGCCCUCGCCCAUCCUUUUGUACCUCCCCCCAGGCCCCCUCCUCUCAGGCCACUCGCCGCUCGACCAAGAGGACAUUCUCCACCAGCUCCAGCAGGCGUCGGGCGCCACGGUAAUUUCCAUCGACUAUAGGCUGGGCCCCGAGCAUCGCUACCCCACUCCCGUCCACGAUGUGCUCACCGCUUACGACUGGGUGUUGGAGCACCUGGCCUCGCAACCCCAGCACUGCAGCCCCAACCGCCCGCACCUCGCCCGCAUCGGCGUCUGCGGCGAGCUCAUCGGUGGCAGUCUGGCGACCAUGCUGGCCUUGACCGAGUGCCAGUUGGCUUCGCAUCGCAUCGUCGCUGCCGCCGUGAACAACCCUGUCGUCGACUGGAUCUUCCCCUCGGAUUUGCAGGAGCUGCAGCACGACGAUGCCGAGUCAGAAAAUGUCUCAGCCUGGCUGGAAGACCUGGCACUUUCCAUGGGCGGCGGGAGCGUUCCCCGUGAGAAUAAGCUCAAGAAGAACCCUGCAACCCAGCCCUCUUCCUGGGACAGUUAUGCUCACAACCCCGCGCUCCCCAGCUCGGCAAUCGCGCAUGCGCGCAGCGAGCUCUUCCCCAACCCCGACGCCUACUUUGAUCGCUUCGCGUCGCCCAUCCACUUCUUUCGGACUCCAGGCAUCAACUACGUAGUGCCCGUCAAGACUGAGGAUGAUCUGGCAUCCGAAGUCCCCACCGAAUUCAACAUUAUGGACAGCGUUGAGCCUGUGCUUGAGGAGCGACGCAGAUCACAUCGCAUUUAUCCGCCAACGGGCUUGGCGCUAAGACUACCGCUGCUCAGCGUCAGCGUUGGGGAAGAGUCGGUGCUGUUAGAUCAGGCUGAAGAAUUCGUGCGGUUGAUGAAGAGGAGUAUGAGCAGGGACUUCGACAGCGAAGAUGAGGCGAAUAGAAGAGUUGGCCUGAGAUUAAGACCGGGCGCGGGACUAUGGAGCGGUCCGUUCCGUGGUCCAAAUUGGGAGAAAGAGAUUGGGGCUAUCGGUGCUUGGUUUGGCAGAGUCCUGGGCUAG